AUGGCGACAGUCAACAUUAGUGGCGGUGUGUGGAGUUCCCUGUUUCUCGACCAAAUCAACAGUCACAGUGAUCAGGAAGGAUUUUUCAUUGGAGAAGUUGUGAGUCAUGUGACCAGUACAGUCACAGACACUCAGGAAAAACACAAUAAAGAAGAAAUGUUCAUCAAUAUCCACUCCUACCUUCCUGGUCUUGGUCUCGCCACAUUUUAUGACAGUAAAGGAAGUGUUGAUCAAGUCAAAUUAUUGUCUUUAUUAAAAGAUAACUACAAGAAUAUAAUAGGCUGGUAUACAUUUCGGCGUAUGACCCCUCUCCAGGUCAGCAUGAAGGAAAGAACUAUACAUCAAAGUCUGUUACAUGUUUUCCAUGGCAUAUCCAUGAAUACAUUCAUUUUUGGAAUGUUCACCAUGUCGCCUAACUCGCUUGUAUCUACAUACACCAUGGAUUUUACAUUUACAACAUUUAAUGGCAGUGACUUCAAUACUUUACCACUUACAAUUGUUAAUUUAGGAGACACUGAAAACUCGGAUUAUAAAUUAUCGUCAAAUUCCACAAUCAACACAAAAACUGGUGUUUACAGCCAAAUAUUAGACAGUUUCAGGGAGCAUUGCAUGGAUCGGACAGGACAAUUAAAAUGCAUCAAAGAUAUACAGCAUAUGAACUGUACCCUGCAAUCAAAACUAGUGUCCCUACGUCAGAAAGUUGGUUCAAGUGAAGACAGUCUGCAAAAGUUGUCGCUUGAAGUUCAGGAACUGAGAACAAAAGCUGAAGUAAAACGAAAAAAAGUGAUAAAACAAAAAGAAGAGAAAAAAUUUGAAGAGCAAUUCGUUGAAGAAAAUACUAAGACUAUUGACACAAGUCCAGUUGCUGCAGAAACAAGCUGUGGCAUAUGCGAAGAAAAAGCAGUUGUCACAGUUGAAGCCCCUGUGAAAAAGACAUUAGAUUCCAGUGAUCCUUUUCUUGGAAUUUUAACCGAGAUGAAAGCCUCGAUAAUAAAAUCAAAGAAAAAUCCAAAGUUGAGGAAGAGUAUUGCUGAGGAGUGUGAUGAUGGAGGAGAAGGACAGGUAUUUGACAUGUCAUCUGAAGACCAGGUAGAUAGGAAAACUAACAAUGGACACCCGUAUGUACCGCUAGAUGAUGUCAAUGAUGGAGACAGCGACGCUACAUUUGUAUCGAGUCAGCACAGUCUGAAAGAAGACUGUGGGACGUCAGAUUCACCUGUAUUUUGAAAGCAUUGCUGAAGUGACAAGGACAUUUGAAUCGUUUUGAUGAGUUGACAUCUGUUGUCUACAGAAACUUAAUAUGGCCAUAUUCUUAAGGCACAGGUUGCUGUGGUUUGUGUAAAAUGAUUGAAUUGAUGAUAACUGUGUUCACUGCGCUACUACCGAUAAUC